AUGCAGGCCCCUACGGUUGACGCGGAUUACUUGAAGGAGAUUGAGGCGGUCAGGCGAGACUUGCGAGCGUUAAUCGCGGAGAAGAGCUGCGCUCCGCUUAUGCUCCGCUUGGCGUUCCACGAUGCUGGCACUUAUGACGCGAAGACGAGAAGCGGCGGACCGAAUGCCUCGAUCAGAAGCGAGCUGGAAUACACACAUGGCGGAAACGCGGGGAUGAAGAUAGGCAUCGACCUGCUUGAGCCGGUCAAGGCGAAGCAUCCACGAGUAACAUACGCCGACAUUUACCAGCUAGCUGGCGUGGUAGCUGUUGAAGUAACUGGAGGUCCCACCAUCCCUUUCAAGGCCGGCCGAAAGGACUCCCUGGCUGUCACUCCUGACGGCAGACUGCCAGAUGCUCAUAAAGGAUCUGCUCACCUACGAGAUAUAUUUUUCCGCAUGGGGUUCAGCGAUCAAGACAUCGUUGCAUUGAGUGGAUCACACACACUGGGGCGUGCACAUAAGGAUCGUUCGGGCUUUGAGGGGGCAUGGACGCAGCAACCACUGAAGUUUGACAACACCUACUAUGUUGAGCUUUUGAAAGGAGAUGCUACUGGACUACUCCAGCUUCCCACGGACAAGUGCCUUGUAGAGGACCCCAAGUUUCGUCCAUUUGUUGAGUUGUAUGCUAAGGAUGAGGAGGCGUUUUUCAGGGACUACGCAUCUGCGCACAAGAAAAUGUCUGAGCUUGGGUGCAAGGAUACCUCUCCAGCAUUUUGGGAAGCUGAUGCUGCAGGCAAGGAGACUGUUAGUGCAUCCACCAUCUUGGCCCAAAGUGCUUUUGGUGCUGUUGUCACUGCUGGAGUUCUUGUUCUGGGGUACCUGUAUGAGCUCCGGCGGAAAGCCAAGUGA